AAAGAAAGACAACAACGUCACCCACAUUUUCAUCACCUAAUUUGUGUUUUCUCAUUUUGGUCAGAAUAUUCAAGAAACUUAAAAAAAAAAGAAAAAAAAUGGUUUCAUGUUGCAUAGACGAGAGUUCUUCCACUUCGGAAUCUUUCUCCACCACCACAGCAACCGCCGCAAAGUUCUCUGCUCCUCCUCCUCCGCCGUUGCGCCUCUACCGGAUGGGAAGCGGAGGAAGCAGCGUCGUGUUAGAUUCCGAGAACGGCGUCGAGACAGAGUCACGUAAGCUUCCAUCGUCUAAAUACAAAGGCGUUGUUCCUCAACCAAACGGAAGAUGGGGAGCUCAGAUUUACGAGAAGCACCAGCGAGUUUGGCUCGGAACUUUCAACGAAGAAGAAGAAGCUGCUCGUUCCUACGACAUCGCCGCACGUAAAUUCCGCGGCCGCGACGCCGUCAUCAACUUCAAGAAGUCACUCUCCGAGGACGAUAACGGAGAGUUGGCUUUUCUUGAAACUCACUCCAAAGCCGAGAUUGUCGACAUGUUGAGGAAACACACUUUCGCUGACGAGCUUGAGCAGAACAACAAACGGCGGUUUCUCUCUAACGGAAAGAGACCACUUCAAAACGACACCGUUUCAAGAAACCGUGAAGUGCUUUUCGAGAAAGCUGUUACGCCUAGUGACGUUGGGAAGCUGAACCGUCUCGUGAUACCUAAACAACACGCGGAGAAACACUUUCCGUUACCUUCGCCGUUAGGCCCGUUACCGUUGGUGACAAAAGGCGUUCUGAUCAACUUCGAAGACGUGAACGGAAAAGUGUGGAGGUUCCGUUACUCUUACUGGAACAGUAGUCAAAGUUACGUGUUGACCAAGGGAUGGAGUCGGUUCGUUAAAGAGAAAAAUCUCCGGGCCGGCGACGUCGUUACUUUCGAGAGAUCGACCGGACCAGACCGGCAGCUUUAUAUCGAUUGGAAAAUCCGGUCUGGUUCGAGUAACAACCCGGUUCAGGUUGUGGUUCGGCUUUUCGGAGUUGAUAUCUUCAAUGUCACAAACGCGAAGACGAACGACGUCGUAGCCGCGUGCGGUGGAAAGAGAUCUAGGGAUGUCGAUAUGUUUGCGUUACGAUGUUCUAAGAAGCAGGCGAUAAUCAAUGUUUUGUGACAUUUUUUUUUUCCCAUAUUUCUUUUCACUUUUUAGUUAAUUUUAAAUUUAAAUUUUGUCAAGUUGUAGGCUGUGAUUUUCGCCAAGUUGUACCUAGGAAAAGAGGAGAAGAAAAACAAAACAAAAACUGAAAAAAUGUUUUUUGGGAGAAGUGGUAAAUAAAAGUACAUAGAAUACAAGUGGUAAUCGUGAUUUUGUGUAUACUUUUUUUUUUCACCGAUAUUACUGUUAAACGUAUGUCAAUUAUCAA